AAGAAGAUGUCAAACGAAGGGCACCUUGCUUUGCACUGACGCAAACCUGGCCUUUCCCAAGGAGAUAUAGAAACGCUUCUCCUGCGGAGCCAAACCCAGUUAAUAGCGGGCUUUGCUCUCUACCGGUUCAAUCUGUUGCCUGUGUCCGACAUGGAUUGCAGUGCCCCCAAGGAAAUGAAUAAGCAACCGGCCAACAGCCUGGAGGCGGCGGCGGUGCCAGGCCACUCGGAUGGCCGGUGUGCGCCCAGGACCAGCCCUGAGCAGGAGCUGCCCGCGGCCACCGCCGCGCCGCUGCCACGUGUGCCCAGGUCAGCUUCAACCGGCGCCCAAACUUUCCACUCAGCCGACGCGCGGGCCUGUGAGGCCGAUCGGUCUGGAAUGGGGUCGUGCAAACUCAGUAGCCCUCGGGCUCAGGCAGCCUCGGCUGCUCUGCCGGACUUGAGCGAAGCGCACCGCGCGCAGGCGGUCUCGGCUUCGGCGGGCGCCGGGCCAGGCAACGCACUGCACUGUAAGAUCCCGGCUCUGCGAGGUCCGGAGGGGGAUGCGAACGUGAGUGUGGGCAAGGGCACCCUGGAGCGGAACAAUACUCCGGCCGUGGGCUGGUUGAACAUGAGCCAGAGCACCGUGGUGCUGGGCACGGAUGGAAUCGCGUCAGUGCUCCCGGGAAGCGUGGCCACCACUGAUACCCAGGAGGACGAGCAAGGGGAUGAGAAUAAGGCCCGAGGGAACUGGUCCAGCAAACUGGACUUCAUCCUGUCCAUGGUGGGGUAUGCAGUGGGGCUGGGCAAUGUCUGGAGGUUUCCCUACCUGGCCUUCCAGAACGGGGGAGGUGCUUUCCUCAUCCCUUACCUGAUGAUGCUGGCUCUGGCUGGGUUACCCAUCUUCUUCCUGGAGGUGUCGCUGGGCCAGUUUGCCAGUCAAGGGCCAGUGUCUGUGUGGAAGGCCAUCCCAGCCCUACAAGGUUGUGGCAUCGCAAUGCUGAUCAUCUCUGUCCUAAUAGCCAUAUACUACAAUGUGAUUAUUUGCUACACACUUUUCUACCUGUUUGCCUCCUUUGUGUCUGUGCUGCCCUGGGGUUCCUGCAACAACCCUUGGAACACGCCAGAAUGCAAAGAUAAAACCAAACUUUUAUUAGAUUCCUGUGUUAUCAGUGACCACCCCAAAAUACAGAUCAAGAACUCGACAUUCUGCAUGACUGCCUACCCCAACCUGACGAUGGUUAACUUCACCAGCCAGGCCAACAAGACUUUCGUCAGUGGCAGUGAAGAAUAUUUCAAGUACUUUGUGCUGAAGAUUUCUGCAGGCAUUGAAUACCCCGGCGAGAUCAGGUGGCCACUAGCCUUCUGCUUGUUCCUGGCAUGGGUCAUUGUGUACGCGUCCCUGGCUAAAGGAAUCAAGACUUCGGGAAAAGUGGUGUACUUCACGGCCACAUUCCCGUACGUCGUGCUCGUGAUACUGCUCAUCCGAGGAGUCACCCUGCCCGGAGCUGGAGCUGGGAUCUGGUACUUCAUCACACCCAAGUGGGAGAAACUCACGGAUGCCACGGUGUGGAAAGAUGCUGCCACUCAGAUUUUCUUCUCCUUAUCUGCUGCCUGGGGAGGUCUGAUCACUCUUUCCUCUUACAACAAAUUCCACAACAACUGUUACAGGGACACUCUGAUUGUCACCUGCACCAACAGUGCCACGAGCAUUUUUGCUGGCUUCGUCAUCUUUUCCGUUAUCGGCUUCAUGGCCAACGAACGCAAAGUCAACAUUGAGAACGUGGCAGACCAAGGGCCAGGCAUUGCAUUUGUGGUUUACCCAGAGGCCCUAACCAGGCUGCCCCUCUCUCCAUUCUGGGCCAUCAUCUUUUUCCUGAUGCUCCUCACUCUUGGACUUGACACUAUGUUUGCCACCAUUGAGACCAUAGUGACUUCCAUCUCCGACGAGUUCCCCAAGUACCUGCGCACACACAAGCCAGUCUUUACGCUGGGCUGUUGUAUUUGUUUCUUCAUCAUGGGCUUUCCAAUGAUCACACAGGGUGGAAUUUACAUGUUUCAGCUUGUGGACACCUAUGCUGCCUCCUACGCACUCGUCAUCAUCGCCAUUUUUGAGCUCGUGGGAAUCUCCUAUGUGUACGGCUUGCAAAGAUUUUGUGAGGAUAUAGAGAUGAUGAUUGGAUUCCAGCCCAACAUUUUCUGGAAAGUCUGCUGGGCGUUUGUAACUCCAACAAUUCUGACCUUUAUCCUUUGCUUCAGUUUUUACCAGUGGGAACCCAUGACCUACGGCUCUUACCGCUACCCGAACUGGUCCAUGGUACUUGGAUGGCUGAUGCUCGCCUGUUCUGUUAUCUGGAUCCCAAUUAUGUUUGUGAUAAAAAUGCAUCUGGCUCCUGGCAGAUUUAUUGAGAGGCUGAAGUUGGUGUGUUCACCACAGCCGGACUGGGGCCCAUUCUUAGCUCAACACCGUGGGGAGCGUUACAAGAACAUGAUCGACCCUUUGGGAACGUCUUCUCUGGGACUCAAACUGCCAGUGAAAGAUUUGGAACUAGGCACCCAGUGCUAGUCCGACGGUGUGGGAUAGCGCAGACUCCAUCCUGGUUUUCUUUUCUGCCUUCCCCUAACAUCCCAUUUUUCUUCGUUCUCUCUACAUCUCAGUUCACAUCCAUGCAUGACAGUGGUUACCUAGGAAAGUAGGACCUAGUGUUGCAUGCUACAGUGAAGAGCUAGACAGAUCACUUGGAGUGCAGUCUGCUUGUGUCCAUGGUGGCAUUUCUGAUAGGGCUGGUCUCCUAGGCAUGUGCUUCACCCUACAGGAACAGAUCAACUAGAAGAGCCCUGAGAGGCACAUGUAGUUUGACCAACAGAGAAGCAUCCACUGUGUGUUGUCUUGUCUUUGGGGGGUGCUAGGAAGGCACACAUAGAAUGACAGAACUAUAAGACUAUUCCUUUGGAACCAACAGCAUUGUAGAACUGAGCAGAAUAAAGUAGGGAUUUUUGCUCAGACACUAAAAGUUCAGGACAGGGUAUGUUUAGUGGGCUAGCAAAAGUCAGAAAAUGUUUUGGAUGUAAGACAAGGCUGGCAGAUCCAGCAACCACUUAAUGGUUGAAUUCAUAUUCCCAGUCACAACUGGGACCUGUUUCCUUCAUUUGGACCGACUGCCUCAAGUGUACCAUGAAUUCAGAUGCUUUACUCUCUGCACACUGCAAGUCUGUGAGAACUGAGGGUUCUCUCCCAUCAGUUGUCUUUUUGUUGUUGUUGAAUAGCCACAUUUGUGAGUCCUUUUGGUUAUUUUCUUCUGUGUAAGAAGCCAUCUUAUAAUUUGUGCCUGAUUUUGUAUGUUCAGAGUAGAACUCCAUUCAAGUUUCUACAUGUCAUUGAACACAGUGGUUCAAUGUCAUGGCCUUGUGUUUCUUCUCCUCUUAAUGUCUUUCUAUAAACUGUAGACCUAUCUUCCAACCUCUGGGAAAACAAGGCUAACCCUGGUUCUGUGUAUAUAUUUUAUAUGUAGGACACAAACUCUUAAAAGACAGAGGUAACUUCUCAAUUUUUACUCUUAACUUUUUCAUUCACAGUAAAUGCCAAUUGUGGUUAUAGAGAAAUCAAAGAAUUGCAGAGCGUAGGAGAAAACAACCGCAAUAUUCACUGCUCUGGCAGUACAUUUUAGGUCACUGUGUUUACAGAGAUUUCUGAUAAAUACAGCUUAGGUAAGUAGAGUAGUGAGUGAGCCAAUUAAGACUAUAGCCUUUAAGACUACAUUUAGCCAAUUCAAUUUUAAGAGUUCCCUAUUCACAGUCCUCACUGUAACUGCAGCCUAAUGAGAGUAAAUCCUAUGUCUGCAGAGAGUGGCAAAGCUGUAACCUUUAUUAUCUUCCUGUAGCCUGAACAUGCAUAUAUGAAAUUUUAAAAAUGUGAUAUAUGUUCAUGUAGUGUUUACUAGUAGUGGUGUUUUCUGUCCUUAUAAAUAUCUUAUGAAUCACUGUAGAGAUGGUGACUUUAGAAUAGAGUAGUCUGGAUUUCUUUUUACUUACAGUAAUACUAUCCAAGCCUAAAAGUGUUUCCUGUAGGGGAAACCAUUUCAAUCAUUUUCUUAUCCAUUUGUCUUCAUAUUACAGGGUCUCAGGCAAAGUUUUAAGUUCAAAUAUCCUAUAUUGAUGUGACAUUUUCAUCCUGUUCAACAGCUAUGAAACCCAACAAAAGGCUUUAAUGUAACAUUUUUACAAAAUGACUUCAUUUGUAAGAAAAGCAUUGACUCAUUUUACUGAGCUCUUCCUUUUCUAGACUAAACAUCAUCGCCACUUGCCAACACCGAUGUGAGCUUCCAGUCUUCAAGAGUAGCCUGUCGAAGCUUUUAGGAAGGGAAGCAAAGAUGGAUUUUGAAUGUCAGGUUGUCACAUCUGUUGUCUGUACUUUGUGUUUGUUCUCCUUCUUUCCCUGUUUCCAAAUCUAGAACUUUCUAGAAUCUAUCUCACCAAUCCAGUGUUUGCUGUCACAACCUGUCGGCCAUUUACACUGAUUUCUGCAAGAAAGCCAUGCUGAUGAGAAAUCCCCAUUACUGUAGCAGAUGUCACAGAGUGGUAGCAAAAGUGAACCUCUAGAUUGGGUAUCAGGUGGAGUGAGAGAGGUGGGGAGGAAUAAGUAAGGCUUAAAAAUUAUUGGCAGCCUUUUCAAUUUGAAGGUUGAAGAAAUGAGCUUAAAUCUAUUAGCAAUCUCUCAUGGGACUGAUAAAUUUGUGUCACAAUGAAUGGUUUUUGGCUUUUCUCUUACCUCUUGGCUAAAACUCAAGUCUGAUGCUGGAUGCCAAUCAAAUUUCUGCUAAUCAUUGCUGUACUGAUGAAAAGAAGCGGGGGAAUCCCCAUGGACAUUGUCAGGUUUGUUUUGUACACAGUGAAAGUUAACUUACUGGUGAGAAUGGAGACCCCCUCUCAGACUCGUCCGUUUCAUAUGUGGGGACAGCCACAUGUGUGUUAAUUAGGUUUUAUCUAAGUAAGGCAGGCUCAGGAGCUGCUCCCUGAGCAAUGGGAUAUUUUUUUCAUUUUCUCAAGAAUUUCUAAAUUUUCUAUAACAUUUUCUUGAAGUGUCAUGCUCAGGUGAAAGGUUCUGAGCUGCCCUGGAAACAGUUACCUUGAAAAUUUCGUUUUGUCCACUUCUAUAGCCAAGUUUAACUUUGUGGCUUUCCAUGGCAUGGGUGUGUUCAGUAUCUCAGCUAUUUCUAGUCAUCAUCUAUCUCCUGUGCACAGCUCUGUUGGGCUUGACCAGGACGCUGAGAGCUGAGAUGUAUUCAACCAGAUGGAUUGCUUCCAUGCAAUUAAAAUGCACAGUCAGUGGGGAGGAAAAAUGCAUGAAUAAAAAUCAAACAAGUAGUAUUGUCAUAAACUGCCACCCAAGUUUCCCUUCAUACCAAGAAACAAAAACAAAAACAAAAACAACGUGUUGCUUAGGAAAGACUUCCAUUGGUUUUCUGUGCUGAAUGGUGGGACAUUUUCCACUAGCGAGAUUAUUUCAUGAUACCAACAAAUGCUGGAAACCCAUUCAGAGAAAAAAAAAGCCAUAUGUGAAAAAACAGUAACCCCGUAAUAUCCUUAAAGGUGAAAAAAAGUGUAUAUUUCUUAACGACUGUUGUGGCUUCUUAUGCAAAUGUUUGUCUUGUGUAUCAGUACAUUUUGAUCUCUUUUGGGCUGUGUUUGUUGUAUACCAAUGUGUCCAGUUCUGGCUCUUUGUAGUAGCUACUGUUUCUUUUCCCUUUGUAUUUAUGUACUGCAUGAAAUCUGUGGUCAAUGCAAAAUCUCAACGACCGACCUCUGUGUCUUUGAAAUUUCCAAUGUGUGUUUACUGUGUAAGAAAUGUAAUUGACUUAUAUUUCAGCAGCACUUUAAAAAGAAUGGAAUACCAUGACCUUUAAAUGGAUGAGACUUGGGUUGUCUUUAUGCUAACAUUGCACUGGAGUUUUUUUCCUUUAAGGUUUUGUUCUUAUCUACCUGUACUGCAGAGGUUCCUGUGCUCCAUCUGUCACCGUGAUUUUCCCAUGCCUUAAAUUAAGACUUUUCUUUCUUCUUUGUUCUCUUGUCAAUUGGUUGUGGUCCUCUUCCCAGAGGCCAGCACAAUAACUGUUGCUCCACAUGUGUGAUGGCAAGAUUGUACCACUGCUCUUGGCCCUGGACUUGGGUUUCCUGCCUGCUUCUUUGAGACUGGUGACUCAUGUUGGGACAUGCUUCGUGGUGAGUUGUCUUGCAGCAACAAAAGACAGAGGCCAACAAGUGAGCACUUCCUCUAUGUCACUGUGGAGACUCCACGCAGACCACUUCAAUGCAGGGAGCAAAGGCGGGUGACUUAGUCUUGAUACUCGUUUCCCUGGGAAGUAGCCCUAAAAUUUGUGAAAGGGAAGCUUCCAAUGUUUCGUAGAUUUUGCUUCAGUUUUCCAGAAAGAUCGCUUCUGAGCAGGCUGCAGCUGAAGAGAAAGGUCUUUCAGGUUGGAUAUUUAUCACCUCUGAGAAGGAAGCAGUGGUUUGAUUUGCUUGCCAUGGGUUAAAUACAUCUUCAGGUAACCAUUUGCCUUACAGGUGUAUUUAUUGUUAGGAUGAUACUUAGUAAUUGUCUAAGAACUGCUUUGUGUGUCAUUUGUUGGUCUUUUUUUGCACUUUACUAUGGACCUAUCAAGGAAUAGGUUAAUUCUUAAAUUGUAUACUUGGCUGAUGUCCUAAAUGCAGGCAUCUUACGUGGGCACUGUUGCCCAUGAAUAAAGAUGUGCUCCCUAAUCAGGCCCUUAUAUUUUUUCAUUAAUUGUACAUGAAGAAUAUAUAUUAUGUUAUAAAUAAUACCCGUAUAUAUAUCUUAUAGAGUACAUAUUAUAUCCUGUGCAUUAUUCAUUUAAGAAGUCAUUAUUCUUGAGGCCCUACCUCAAAUUUUGUAUUUAUGUGUAUAAAUGCAAUUUAUUGUAUUAUAUAUUUGCCUAUUAUAUACUGAUAUAAAUUAGAAUUUAUCCUAAUAAUGUCUGAGUUCACAAAACCCUAAAUAAAUGUCAGUGUUUAAAAUAUAAUGAUUACAGUAUUGUGUCUGCUACAAAUCCAUUACCCACCAUCUUUCUUUCUUAACAAUGGCCUUCAGGUAUGCCCAGGAUUGAUCUAUUUUAUUGUGAGGAACUUGGAACAGCUAUGGAAAAUUGCCCUCCUGGGAAAAUGAGAUAUUGUGCUGCUGUGGAAACAAAUAUCAAUUAAAUUGUUAUAUUCUUAAAUAUCAGAACGCACUAUUGUUUGAUGAAUUAUUUACUAUCCCCCGUAGUGGGGAGGGAGAAAGAGACCAGGGGCAGGGAAGAAGAGGGAGAGAGAGAGCAAGAGGAAGAGAGUGCGCAUGAAUGCGGAGGUCUGAAGUCUGAACAGACAGACUGAGCAAGUUAAUUCCUUGUGUGUGUUUUCAUGAUUAUUUCUCGGAUUUUGAUCUUCUUCAGUUAGGCAGACUUUUGUGUAUCUUCUGUAGUGUGCAAGGCCCCAGGCUAAAACAAUCCUGAUAUCAAGAAACUCAGAGCCCAGUAGGAAGACCACCCAGAUUAAACAAACAAAUGAGUAAAUGUCACUCCUGUCUACUUUUCAGUGGCUGGAAUCCUGUGCUGUCUGCCCAGAGAUGGGGUGCGGAGGUCUUGUGUCACCAUCUCUCCUGUCUGGUCAGGUCAACUCAGAAACUUGACUCUGUUCUCCUCAGAUGAAGGCAUGACACACUCAUGCUCUGCCUCCAUCACCAGCUUCAGUGCUAGGAGGCUGAUGUGGAUCACUGUCGGUGGAAAACAAAUCCCUUCACAAGCUGAUGCCAAAAGCCGCAUGCCAAGAGGGUGGUCCAGAUCUAGCAUGGGAAAGAUAGAUGGUAGAGAGGUUUACACACACACUCAGGAUUGAUCAUAAUACUGCAUU